AUGGAUAAAGAAGGACGUACAGCACUUCAUUACGCUACUUUAAAUUGUAGCAAAGAGAUAUUCGACAUUCUUCUCUCACAUAAUGUUGCAGUAGAUACAAAAGAUCAAAAUGGGAAAACAGCUCUUCAUUAUGCUGUCAAAUAUAACAAAAUUACGGCAGCAGAUGCUCUCAUUUCACACGGUGCUGAUAUCAAUUCAAUUGAUAAAGAUGGAGACACAACAUUUUUCACAUCAAUACGUUCAAAUAAUAUAGAAAUGCUAGAUUUUCUUAUUUCUCAUGGAGCUAAUAUCAAUUACAUACCUGAAAAAGGAACUUCUGCUCUUAUAUUUUCGUUAAUCUAUCACAAUUUUGAUGUAGCAAUGCAUUUAAUUUCCAGAGGAUCUGAUAUUACAUUACGCGAUAACAUUAGAAAUUCUGCUAUUCACUAUGCUGCAGCAUAUAGAUACCCAGAAGCAAAUGUGGGGGGCCUGAGAAAUAAACGCCACGAAGAAAUUGAGAAAAUUCAUGAAACGAUAAGACUCCUAAUAACUUGUGGUUUAGACAUCAAUACCAGGAAUGAUAAUAAACAAACUGCCUUUCAUAUUGCAGUGAAAAAUAAUGAUAAAUCAACAGUAGAGUUUCUUAUUUCAUUAGGAGUCAAUGUCUAUGCAAAAGACAAACAUGGGAUGAAUGGGUUGUGCAUUGCAGUGGAGAACAACUAUAAUGAUAUCAUGAAAAUCAUUAUCUCCCAUUGUAUUGAAAAUAAUUCAAUCAGAGAUUGUGACAUAAUUCCAGCAUUUCGAAUUGCUAUAAAAAAUAAAAAUCUAGAAACUAUCCAAUUUCUCAUCAAGUAUGUUACUGAUAUUAAUAAGUGCAAUAAUCUUGGAAGAACAGCUCUUCAUUAUGCAGUAACAUCAAAUAGCACUUCAUUAGUCAAGUCCUUUGGUUUUCAUGCAGCUCGCCAAAAUGUAGUAACUUCAGAAGGCAUUGAAAUAGUCAAACUCCUUAUUUCACAUGGUGCAGAUGUAAACAUUAAAGAUAAAAAUGGAAUAACAGCAUUCCAUCUAUCUGCACAACAAGAUAGAAAAGAAACAACAGAAUAUAUUAUAUCUCAUGGUGCUGACAUUAAUUCAAAAGACAAUGAAGGACAUUCGAUUCUUCAUUACGCCGCUGAAAAUGAUAACAAAGAAACUAUUGAAUAUUUACUUUCCCUAGGAUUAGAUGUGAAUUCAAAGGAUAACAAAGGUGGAACUCCGCUUCACAUCGCAUCAAUUAAUGACAAUAAAGAAAUUGCUGAGUUAUUACUAUUGCAUGAGGCUAAUGUCAAUGCGAAAUCAAGUGAUUGGUCAUUUAAAAAACUUAAUAUGGUAGAAAAGAGAUGGUCUAUAGUUUCAAACACUUGUGUCAGUGAUGAUAAUCAAUAUUGCAUCACACCUCUUCAUUGUGCAGCUAAAAUUGGUUCAAAACAGCUUGUAGAAUUAUUUAUUUCAAAUGGAGCAGAUAUCAAUUCAAAAGACACAGAAUUGAAUACAGCUCUUAACUAUGCAGUAAUUUCAAAAAACAUGGAAAUAAUAGAAUUUCUAAUUUUACACGGUUCAGACAUCAAUGUAGCAAAUAAAGAUGGGAAAACUGCACUUCAUGAUGCUAUUGAAAAAUCAUAG